GGCAGGUCCCUGCAGGCAGGAGAGUGUGAUUCAGGGUGGGGCAGAGGGAGGGAAAGAGAGAGGCCCGCCUCCUAGUAGGAAAUGUGACUGGGCUGCAGUCAGCCGGAGCCCCCAGCCUGCCAGAGCCAAGAGCCCAGGUGGGGUCGAGAACCUCAGCUACAGGAUGUUGACAACACUGCUGCCCCUGCUGCCACUACUGCUCCUGCCCUGCUGGGCCCUCUGUAGCCAGGAAGCCUCAGAUGGCCCGCGGUACCUCCACAUGAUCCAGGUCUCCUACUUCCGCAACCCCUCUCAAGUGUGGCACCGGGGCAACGCGACGCUCGGGGGGGUCCUGACGCACGUUCUGGAAGGCCCGGGCAACAACGUCUCGAUCCAACAGCUGCAGCCCUUGCAGGAGCCCGAGAGCUGGGCUCUCACAAAGAACGGUGUGAAUCGCUACCUGCAGGAGUUCCUGGGCCUGGUGCAGGUGGUGCACCACGAGCGGGGCGUGGCCUUUCCUCUGACCAUUCGCUGCUUCCUGGGAUGUGAGCUGCCUCCUGAGGGCUUGAAAGCCCGUGUCUUCUUCGAAGUGGCUGUGAAUGGGAGCUCCUUUAUGAGUUUUCAACCGAAGACAGCCUCAUGGACGGCAGGGCCUCAGGCAUCUUCCAGUGUGGUCACCUACGCCCUGGAGCAGCUCAACAAGUACAAUCGUACUCGGUACGAACUGAGGGAAUUUCUGCAGGACACCUGUGUGCAGUACGUGCAGAAACACAUCACCGGGAACAGCUCGAAAGGAAGCCAAGUAGGCCGCUCCUACACUUCGCUGGUCCUGGGCAUCCUGGUGGGCUGUUUCAUCAUCACUGGAGUGGCUGUAGGCAUCUUCUUGUGCACAGGUGGACGGCAGCGGUGUUAAUUACUCUCCAGCCCUCUCUGAAAAAGAGCUAGACUGAUGGGGCCUGGCAAAGGAAGAUCUCAGCUCACUGCAAAACUGUACAGAUUCCCCAUCUGGGACAUUAUACUCCAGAAGAUUUAGAAUGGCAGCUCAUUUCUUCUCCGAGACCCGCCCACCAAGAGUUUGAGGAAGGGGAGGGGAGGAGCCUAGGUAGACAGGGUAGUUGGUUUGCUAAGAACCUAAGAACUGGCACCUUUGCUGAACUGGUCUGCGAAGUGAAUGCUUAUCUAUGUUUGUGGAAAACAGAUGAUGGAGUUGGGGCAACGGAGGUGGUCUGUGGCCCACCCAUCUUCCAAAGACAGAAUCACCUGAGGCGUUCAAAACACAUAACCAAAUAAAACAAAUCAUCCACAACCCAAACAACCAACAUUCAGUGCUUCCGGGUAUGUUAGACUUGGGAAGGGACACUGGUAUUAUACAAUAGAGGUAGAAAUAACCAGAGAAAUGAUGGAAGUGUGCAAUCGAAGUAAUAUGGGAGCAAGGAAUUAUUAAUCAAUUAAUAACAUUAAUAAAAUUCCUUACUUGUGUAUACAGCA